AGGCUUCGGAGGAAGCUGUUUAUGUGAUCCCCGCACUAAUUAGGCUCAUGAACUAACAAAUCGUUUGCACUACUAGUGAAGAAGCGAACACUUCCAUGGAUUGUCCUUGGACUUAGGGCGCCCUGCCCGCCUUUUGCAAAGGAGAGAAAACUUUUUUUUUGCCUCCCCGAGAACCCCCCUCCCUGCCUCUAACUCCAACCCCCCCCCCACGCCACCUCGCUCAAAAAAAUAUUACCCCAAUCCACGCCUGCAAAUUCUUCUGGAAGGAUUUUCCCCCCUCUCUCCAGGUUGGGCGCGUUUGGUGCAAGAUUCUCGGGAUCUUCGGCUUUGCCUCUCCUCCCCCUCCCCCUCCUUUCCUUUUUCCUUUCCUUUCUUCCUUCCUUCCUUUCCUUUCCUUACCCCCACCCCCACCCCAAACAAACGAGUCCCCCAUUCUCCUCGGUCCUCGCCGCGGGCAGCGGGCGGCGGAGGCAGCGCGCCGCGGUCGCCGGGAGCAGGGAGCCCAGGGCGCCCGCUCCUCGGCGCAGCAUGUUUCAGCCGGCGCCCAAGCGCUGCUUCACCAUCGAGUCGCUGGUGGCCAAGGACAGUCCCCUGCCUGCCUCGCGCUCCGAGGAUCCCAUCCGUCCCGCGGCGCUCAGCUACGCCAAUUCCAGCCCCAUAAAUCCGUUCCUCAACGGCUUCCACUCGGCCGCCGCCGCCGCCGCCGCCGGCAGGGGCGUCUACUCCAACCCGGACUUGGUGUUCGCCGAGGCGGUCUCGCACCCGCCCAACCCCGCCGUGCCGGUGCACCCGGUGCCGCCGCCGCACGCCCUGGCCGCCCACCCCCUGCCCUCUUCGCAUUCGCCACACCCCCUCUUCGCCUCGCAGCAGCGGGACCCGUCCACCUUCUACCCCUGGCUCAUCCACCGCUACCGAUAUCUGGGUCAUCGUUUCCAAGGGAACGACACAAGUCCCGAGAGUUUCCUUUUGCACAAUGCUCUUGCCCGAAAGCCGAAGCGGAUUCGAACCGCCUUCUCGCCGUCCCAGCUUUUAAGACUAGAGCACGCUUUCGAGAAGAACCAUUAUGUGGUGGGAGCGGAAAGGAAGCAACUGGCGCACAGUCUCAGUCUUACGGAAACUCAGGUAAAAGUAUGGUUUCAGAACCGGAGAACAAAAUUCAAAAGACAAAAGCUAGAGGAAGAAGGCUCAGAUUCUCAACAGAAGAAAAAAGGGACACACCACAUUAACCGGUGGAGAAUUGCUACCAAGCAGGCGAGUCCGGAGGAAAUAGAUGUGACCUCAGAUGAUUAAAAGUACAAACCCAAUCCCCCAAAAAAUGGACAGCAUGGAGCAAGAGAGACAGGGAGAGAAGGGGAAGAAAAACCCUACAAAACAAAAACAAACUGCACACACAUUCACCGAGAAAGGGAGAGAGGGAAUCAGUGCAGUGGCGCUUGCUUGCUCGCUUGCAGCAGACUUUGGACAGCGAGGGCACUGGACCGGGAACCGGCGCCGGGCACUGCUUAUGGGACGGCAGAGGACGGAGGCCUCAUCAUCAACAUACAACCCUCGUCUAAAGAGGCAGCUGAGUGAGUGAGAGAGACAGAGACUGGGAGGGAGAGAGAGAGAGAGAGAGAGAGAGAGAGAGAGAGAGAGAGGGAGAGAAUGAAUGAUCCUUGUGAGGCAAAGGCACAUUCUGACAAGGGGAGCUAUCAGUCAAAUGGCAAACCAGGGAAACAAGAUGAUUGGCAGGUAUUCCGCUUAUCAAAGUCCAUUUAGAAAUGAUAAUGAUUUUUUGAAAAAAUAAAAAAGGCACAGGACUUUUAAUUUUGCACUUCACAGUGUUUCCCCUUCAUCUUUAAUUAGAAAUAACAUACAAAAUUCCAUGUCUAGCCCUAUCCUACACCUGUUUCAAAAACUUGAAUUGCAUGUAGCAGUUGUCGGGUGAAUGGUGUCUAAAAACUGAAUUGUAAUUUUAUUCCUCUUUUAAAGACAGGUUCUGUGUAUUUUUAUUUUUAAUUUUUUUUCUGAGAAAUGUGCAGUCUGUAAAAACACUUUUUUGAUACCUUCUAUUGUCAAAGUGAUUGUGAAAGCUAAACGAAGUAGGCUCGGAGAUAGUGGUCCUCUGACAGAGAAAUGAGGGAGCAGGACUGGGAUGGAGGGCGGGGGAGGGUGCCCCUGAGAAGAAUCAGGACUCAUGCUAGGGGUAAAAACAACCCAAGAUAAAGACCCAAAUUAAUUCUAUUUCUUGGAUAUUUCCUUUCCUAACAUUCUGACACUUUAAAUCACCAAGUCAACUUUUCCUUUUUAGUGGUUGGAGAGAUUGACUGCAUCCAGCCACUCAACAUAAUGGCCAUUCAGAACUUUUAAGUCUGUCUAUUGCAAAAGUGGAAGGAAGGACUGUAGUUAAUGGGGCGAUGGUGGCAUGGCCAAGGACAUGGGAGUUUUCAAGCACUGAGUUUCUCUUCUAAGACCAUAGACUUACGAAAGAGGGUUACAAAUGCUUCCUUAGUGUCUUCUAUACCAGAAUGUAAAUAUUUUUGUGUUUUGUGUUAAUUUGUUAGAAUUCUAACACACUAUAUACUUCCAAGAAGUAUGUCAAUGUCAAUAUUUUGUCAAUAAAGAUUUAUCAAUAUGCCCUCAGA